AUGUCACCAAAGCUCCACGUCACUCUUACAACUACCCUUACCCUCGUGGAGCAAUUCCACUUGACCUUGUCGUCACCCUCUGGAGAUUCAACCUCCGCAGAACUCUCAAGCAGAGAUGCACUUCCCCUCCUCUCGGCAUCGUCGACAGCUCUUAAGUCACAAGUCACCAAGCUUUCGCUUUUAGCCGUCACCUCUCCAUUUACGCCCUCCGCCGUCGGCUCCAUCCUCUCUAACCUGAACGAAUCAGUGCUCCCAUCCUUUGUGACAGCAGCUCUACUCAUUACACCGACCGAUCACACCAAAGCAUUUCAGGCCGAGGCUCUAUCACUAACGAAGACGGGGCUGAACGAACUGUCAUCGCUUGUGAAAGAAGUUCAGUCAAUCGCAGAGAGGAAUGAUGAAGUACAGGAUCGCAUGAAGAAGAAGGGAAUCGAACUGUCACAGUCUGAGAAAGACCUCGUUACGGUAGCUACAGGACGGGUCUGGGGUGCUUGCGAUGCCUUGAUUGACCUCGCUUCAAAUGGCGUUGUUGGGUUUGUAAUACGGCGUGUGGAAGAAUGGAGAGAUCUGGUGCGAGAUGCAGUGGAAGAGAUUGACGAAUGGGAUCCUGAUGAAGAAGGGGACGAGUUUUUCGACGAGCUUCUGAGCGACGACGGGAAACAGAGUAUUGGAAAAGGGACUGCUAUUCGGCUGCUCAAACCAGUUGUCCAGAUUUACCCCGCAAUCAUCACGAAUCGCCUGAAGAAGGUUCCUGAAUUCUUGCCUUCCCUUGUUAACCGGCUGGAAUCCCUUAUGACCAACCUCCACCGUAUUCCGGAGCAAGUUGACGAGGUAGCGGGGGCACUAUAUGAAGCGGAUCUAGAACGGUCUAUUCAGUACUUGGAAAGAACAAAGGACUGCGCUGUUGAAGCAGUCAAGUUAGUGGUUUUGCCUUGGACUGAACAGAGUGUGGCCAACAGCCAGCAAAAAGCCGAGGAUAGAUUUACUGACUGGUCGAAGACAUGGCUGAAAGUGAUAGAUGGGGUAAGUAAACCUCUUGAUGACUUCAAGGAAGCGAAGUCACAGUGA